AUGGCGCACCAGGCACAUAGCAUUCCCUGGCAGGCGCUUGUCGAUAACCUGAAGUUCAUGCACUGCAGUCGACGUAAUCACGGCAUCACAAAUCUGUACCUGCGUAACACAAGACAGCACCAAGAGAAGGAGCUGCAAUACUUUAUAGGUGGCUUCUCCCGUGCGUUAUCCAGAUACUCCGAAAUCGAACGCAAAAAGUACAAUACGGACCUGGAUCAUCCCGAAUUAGACGAGAAGGUCAUCUCGGACGAUGCAGUCAAGAAAAUGGCGAGGACGGUGCUGAGUUACAGAGGGGGCGAUGGUCAGGUCCCUGUUUACAUCCCAACGCACAGUGUACUCUCCCAAUACGAGUGCACCACUCAACGUUUCAUCUCAGACACCCAUCCAGGCGAGGGCGACAUGAACGACUGCAUCCGCGAUGUCUGCGAACAAGUCAAAACGAUGAUGUUGUAUGGAGAAAUGGACUCGCUUCUCCGAGUGGCUGCGCAUCCGUCUGUACGCUUCAGCAGGCUUUGGGAUGAGACCCAGUUUGCAAAUGCGCACGGGUUCGGCCUCAGCAAACUCAAAGACUCUGCGCUCCAAGCAUAUAUAUGCCUCAACGUAAUGUUUCUCAAGCCUGAACUUUACGAUGCGACAAGUCGUAAAGCGUUUGUCGAGCGAGAAACCAAGAAGAAUCGAACGACGUUUGCCACAGAAUCGUAUGAUUACAGACUGACAGCGGCAUAUCAGCACAUGCUUCUGUGCUGCACAGGAGUUCGGUACGGCUCCAAUCACUAUGAAGUGCACACGUAUCCGCAUCGCGAGUUUUUCGGCGUUCCAAGCGGAAUGUUUCACGUGGAGUCCGCCGACUGUCGAUGCAAACGUCAACUUGGGACCGUUCGCAUUCCGGACAUAGUUGAUGAACCCUUCAAGGGAAUCUACAUUGCCUCGCAGGCAGACAUCCCAAUUGUGCUGGAUCUGAUAAAGUCAAAAGGGCUACCCACUGAGCUUGCGGUGCAGAUCAUGCACCUGGCGGAUUACACGUCGGUAGGGCGACUCCUUGUUCGUGAUGAUCCCCUGAACCUCAUCAACACGGACGAGCUGAAGCAGUAUUUGGGAUAUUGUUGGAUGCUGUUAGUCAGGCUUGAUAUGUUGUGUAAAGCAAGUGGUCAGUGGUUAGAUUGGGAAGCCGAAGUAACAGAUACGAUAUGCACGUUGUUUGAGAUGGAUAGUCCUAGUCGCCGCAAAGUGGAACUUGUUCCAUAUGCUGACACAGACUUCAGUGGACGCACUUACAAGGUUGUUUUCAAAACAUAA